AUGAACAACAUCAACAGCAAUGAUACUAUAGAAGAAAUACCACCCCCACCAGACCCUCCCGAGCCAGAUGAAUGUUGUGGUAGUGGCUGUACAAGAUGUGUAUAUGAUCUAUAUGAAAUACAAUUAGAGCGUUACAAUCAGAUGAAAGAAAAAAUAAUAGAAAAGAAUAAAUCAAUAUUAAAACAACAACAACAACAAAACCAAAAAGUAAAGACUGAUAAUGAAAAUCAUAUAGUUGAAUCAUUAAAUAGUAUUAAUAUUAAAGAUAAUAAUAUAAAAAAAGAAGAAGAAGAAGAUAAUGAUGAAGAUAAUGAUGAUAUUAAAAUAGAAUAUUUAGGAGAUGAUAAUAUUGCAGCUAGGGAAUAUAAAGGUUUUAUAUGUGAGAAGCUAAGAUAUGGUAGAAUAACAUCGAGUAGUAGACGAUUGACAAGUAGCGAUUCACCAGAGCAAGUCUAUCACAUGGAAAUAGAAACGAAUGAACCUAUCGAAUAUGAACCAGGUGACUACAUCAAUAUACUAUGUCCACAGGAUUCAACAACAGUAGAUAAGCUCAUAAAGAAAUUGAAACUAAAAGAUAAUCAAAUCAUUACAAUUAAACAACAACAACAACAACAACAACAUCAACAUCAACAACAAAAUAAUAUUAAUAAUAAUAAAUCAUUAUCAUCAACACUUUCACUACCAUCAAUUAUAUCUAUUAAAGAUCUAUUUACAUGGGUUCUAAAUAUAUCAUUCGUUCCACCACAAUUCUUUUUAAAUCAAAUGUCAAAUUUUUGUAAUGACAAGAAUGAUAAAGAGAAACUAUUAUAUCUAUCUAGCAGAGCUGGUACACCACUUUAUAAUGAAACGGUAGUUCAACACCAUAUUGGAUUCCCUACACUCUGGAAUAAGUUUAAAUCGUUUCAACCAACAAUGGAAUUCUUAAUUCUCAACAUACCUUCACAAAGCAUGAGACAAUAUUCUCUUGCAAACUCACCUCUUAAUCAAUCUCAAGACAACAUUGCACAUAUAACUUUUAAAUUAGUUGUAAAAAAUAAGAGUAAUAAUAAUAAUAAUAACAAUAGUAAUAUAAACUAUGGACAAUGUACAUAUUGGAUGUAUCGUUUAAUAGAUUCAUUAGAUAAUAAUAAUAAUAAUAAUAAUAAUAAUAAUAAUAAUCAUAAUAAUUUAAUUAUACCAUUCGAAAUCAAUCAUUCACAACAUUUCAAAUUACCAGAUGAUUUGAGUGUACCUUUAAUAUUGAUAUCAACGGGUACAGGUUUGGCUCCGUUCCGUGCGUUUCUUCAACAUCGGUGUCAUUUGAUAAAGGUGAACGGUGACAAGCAUAUUGACCAUCAGAAACUUGGACAGUGUUUGUUGUUCUUUGGAUGUAGACGUAAGGAUUGGGAUCUUCUCUAUCAUGAUGAACUACUAGAGUUUGAAAAGGACCGAACCAUUACCAAGCUGUUCAUUUCCUAUUCGAAACCGGUGGAACCCGCGCUCACCGAGUCGAGUAAAGGUCGACGCUACAUCAACUACCACAUCGAAGAGAAUGGCGAGCUCAUUUACAAUCUGGUAACAAAGAAACGUGGUGUCAUCUAUAUAUGUGGUUCAUCCGAAGGCAUUGGUAAAUCAUCAAUACAAUCGAUACUCAAUAUAAUUAAAAGAUAUAAUAAAUUGCAAAACAACAACAACAACAACAACAACAACAACAACAACAACAACAACAACAAUAACACGAGUAGUAGCAAUAGCAACAACAUAAAUGUUGAAGAUGAAAAGACAAUUUUAAAUCAGUGGAAAGAAAAUGGUCAACUUAAAAUGGAUAUUUACAACUAG